UAAUUUCGAUAAAGUCACGCGGUGAUCAAAAGCUUUCCUAAUUAAAAAAUAUUUCUGGUGAUUAAUCGCGGAAAAAGGGCAAAUUUAUAGUAUUUUCCACAUAUCUCGUUUAUGUGAUGGGGCAGAGUCGGGUAGGCGUUUUAAUCGGCAAUGGACAGAUACACUUAUGCCUUUUCAUACAAAUAUUAUUCUGCCGUUGGACGCAUAAAUGUCACAUGUUACAUUUUAACAUUUUUGAGGUUUUGAUGUCUAACGUCAUAACUUGAUACGUAUUUUCGAAAUAUUUUGUCAAAACAGUUAGUGACAAUACAUAGACAAUACAUUCUUUGGAUAAACAAAUUUUAAAUUACGUGGAUAACCAACCAUGAAUGACAAUGUUUGAAGUCUGGACAUUAUUCUCAUUGUAAAACUCAGUGAUGAACACUAAUAAUUGUGAAAAAUUACUUGAAUAAAGUCUAUAAAAAAAUCAUAACUCAUUACAUUUAAAUAAACAGACGAUAGGUCUCAUAUUUUUAUACAUUUGGAAUUAAAUGAAUUUUGCAUAACUGACAGUGAUGGUUCAGAUGGUGCACUUCUUUUUAUAGGCUAUUCAGGUUAUGGGCUUUAUCACUUAAUAAAGAGUAUCUUGAUAUGUAAAGUCAUACACAUUAUUCUCAGUAUAAAUACUUUAACAUCAUAAAACUAUUUAUCAAGUGAUAAAGCUCAUAUUUUUAAUAGGCUAUUAGCUCAUAUCUGCAAGAAUAUGAAUAUGAGAAAUAUCAGACAUAGCAAUUUAUUCCCCAUGCCAUGAAUACCAGCAGCAUCACCGUGCGUGCUCAAUGUUCACUGCUCAGAGAAAAACGUGGACCCUUUCCCGAUCAUGGGUAAAGCAUCUCGUGCGUCCAUUAGCUGAUCGGCGGUUUCACAUCUGUUUGGAAAAUUUCAGCAUGAUACAUGUCAUACACGAUGUGUAAAGCACUAUGUGUAUCGAAACUGGGAUUUGCAACGUUUGACAUCAGCUCAGUCUUUAUGUAGCGUUUAGCUCGUUUGAAAGUGGAUCAGGUCAAUUGGAAGAAUGGUGAUUAGUGAUGGAAAGAAUAUCUUAUUUCUAUAUUCGAUAUUCAUUGCCACCUUCAUGGUACAAGGCUAUAGAUAUCACUAUGAAGACUACGACACUAUGAUGGGAACUUGUCGUGAGAGUGAAGUGUGUAAUAUAGUUCAUCACCGUUAUUGGAUGCCAAGUGCGGUUGAGAAGAUUUGCCGUUGCCCCCUCAACACUCCGAGCUGCCCGGUGACCUAUACGCACCAUGGACACAUUAUGAACAUCAACACUCGAACGCAGAUGAAGUUCUGUUCAUCGACGAAGCAUUUGCAGCGCUGUCAGUCGAACCAGAUCGCACUUCAAAAGAAGACUCUUUAUCAAAAGUAUGGCGUCAAGAAUGUUUCGAUUGUGGCACGAUGCCAGUGCGAUAAUAGACAGCAGCACUGGGUUUUCGUAAAUCAAACGGGAGAAGACAUCAACGAUGAGCGGCACCAGUUGACAGUAGUGGACAAUUAUCGUUGCGUUGCUCUGGAACGAUGUAAGUCGUAUGAUUUUUGCGGUUAUGCUCGACCCGACUAUGGAUUCAUCUUUCAUCGUUGCACCUGUCCGAUGUCGCACCAGUGCAAAUUCGAUCUGGACGAUUACGAAACAGCGGAGAUUAGUGAACUUUUUUACCGGGGUCCCGCGUACCGUGCCAGAUGCGUACCGAUUUACGAUUAUGAUUGGUGGUAAUUUUAAUUCUUAAAAACAAGCAAAUAAAUCUGGUUCAAAC